AUGCUUGAGUCAGGUCCGUGUUUGCUGUUGGUCUAUGUUGACGAUUUUCUGUGUAUUGCACCUACGAAAGAGGAUGUGGAUCGCAUCUUUGGGGUGAUUGAGAAAAGGGUUGAGCUGAAGAGGACAGAUGUGAUCAGAUCUUCUCAAGACGGGGGUGGCUCUUUGCGCUUUAUUGGCAGGGUUAUCUCUCGGAGAGAGGGGGAGUCUUCGAUUACGGUGUCUUUGCCAGAGGACUACUUGGAUGAGACCUUCAAGGCCUAUGGGCUUUCGGGAAAAGGCUCUGUAAGUCCCCCAGAUGUGUCGGUUCAUGUUGAAAAGGAGGGUGGUUUGCCUUUAUCACCAGAGGCCUACUCAAGGUAUCUUCAGAAUGACAUGGGAGCCAUCGUGAGGACCACCAAGAGGCGAGGAAUAAGUGGCGGUGUUCGUGCUGUGGAUGGAUUUGUUGUGAAGACCUUGUGUCGCCACCAGCAGUUGGUGUCCUUGUCGAGCAUGGAAAGUGAGUUGUUUGCUCUGCAGUCGGUUGCCCAGGAUUCAGCUUGGCUGUCCUAUACGGGGAAUGUCCUGCUUGCUUUCAAGGGGCGGCCAGGUCUUGGCAAGAUCUUGAAUGAGGAUUGGGACACUUGUGCUUCUGUGCGUAAAUGUUGGCAGCAGUACGAGCAAUGGCAAUGGGACCGAGCCAGCAUCACAUUUUAUACAAGUUGGGCCAUAGAGACGCUCUACACAUCGAUGCCAGAAGAGUCCAUCAUUGCUGUGUGGGUACGGUACUUAGUUUUCAUUUCAACUGUGCAUAAGUGCAGCUGCCACGUCUGA